GGAGCCGUCUGGCUCACAGGCAGGAGCUGCUGGGGGAAAGUGCCCCACGCGCCCCCAUCCCAGUUAAGGGGAGCACCCGGCGCCGCCGCCGCGGUCGGAUGGAGCCCGCGGAGCGGCCCUGAGGCGGUGUCAGCCCCGGGCGCUCCCCUACCGGGCUCGCAGCAUCGACCGUUUCGCGUUUUGCCUCCGCUCUUCCCUGGCCCCUCGACCCGGGGCCAGGGGAACAGCCCCCUCCCGGGCCCUACUUCUGUUUCUGCGCCUGGGCAAGCCCUGGCAGCUCACUGCGGGACCGCUGCUCGGUAACGACGGGGCCGGCAGCCCCGAGCGGGGAGUCGGGCAGCGUCCUCCACAUCGGCAGUACAGGGUGAGAAAGUGGCUGUUCACAGACCCUUUUACAGUAUUCCUCCUGACUGUGGCCUUUUCUGAGUCUCACAUAUUUACCUCUUCUGUGUACAUGGAAAAAUGUUAAAAGUCUGUUGAAGAAUUGUAAUCAAGCCAUUUAUUAAUGUGAGAAUAAAAUGGGGAAGUUCUAGAACCUUGAGAAUAACUUGGCGCAGUAGUCCUGUUUGCUGCAGGAACAAAGACUAAUCUCAAGAAUCAUGCCAUCUGCGAAGGAACGUGUUUCUUCUGAUAAGAAGAAAAUGAAUUUGUUUAAACACAAUGCUGCACAGAAUUUUUCUACAGGUGCUACUUUAGAAAAAGCACUUGUGAAUGAUCCUUUAAGUAUCAUGGCUGCACCAGCAAUUUUAGAUGUCAAUCUCUCUUAUGAACUAAAAAAUGUGAAAAUUGAUUUACCUAAGGUGAACAUUCCAAAUGAAGUAUUAAUGAAACAUGAAGUCAAUAGAUUUAGAAAACUCUUUCAGUGUAAACAGCAAACUGCAAGAAAGUCCGUAAGUCUAGAGAAAACAAAUGGAAGUGACUCCACUUGUUCUGAGGGAAGCCGCUUGCAGAAUAAACCUAAAGUGCAAUUUGAAGAAGGGUUGAAAACUACAGCCAAGAUACUGAAUUUCACUUGUACGAAAUGCAAGGAUAACAUUAGAUACAGCCCAAAUGAUCUACAGAAGCAUUUUCAGCUAUUACACUAUGGAGAAUUGCCUUUGUAUCCCUGUGAGUUGUGUAACUUCUCGGCUCAUGACUUUCAGUCGUUCAACCAGCACAGACGUACCCAUCGCGGCACUUUAGUGAAAUGUGAGCUCUGCAAUGAUGAGCAUAUGUACACUUUGUUGGAUUUGACAAAACACUUCACAUCAAAGCAUUGUGUAAAUGGUCACUUUCAAUGUGAAAUAUGUGGAUUUUCUACCCAGGACGUGGGCACAUGUGUUCAGCAUAUUCAUAGACAUAAUGAUAGUCCAUAUAAAUGUGGAAAAUGCCAUCAUGUAAGCUUUACACAAGAGGAGUUCCAGAACCAUCUUUUUGCUCAUAGCAACAUGUUUCCUUUUCGUUGUCAAUAUUGCAGUUACAGCACACCUCGGAAAGAUUGUCUUCUAAAACACAUCAUAGCUUUGCAUAGAGACCACUUGUAUGCAAAAGAAAAACUGGAAAAGGAUAAAUGUGAAAACAGAAUAGUGAAGACUCCAGAAGGACUGAAGCUUGUGUUAAGAAGAUGUAAAACGGGAGCAUCGAAGAAAGCACUCUGGAGACGGAAAAAAAUAAGCAGUGGAAGUGACAAAACUGGAGAAAAAAAUGCAAAAUUGCUAAGAAGUAUGAAUGAAAUUCAAAAAAGAGCUCAUGAGCUGAACCAGGCUUUGAGAGAGAUGGAAGCAAAUGAAGACAAAGAUAAACUUUUAUAUACAGAAAAGCAUAAUUUCACAGGUGGAAUGCUCUCUGCUGCUGCUGCACAAUACAAUAAAGCAGAUGAUGGAACAAGUUACAGCCUGGGAUUAUUGAAAAAUGCUGUUCAUGGGCCAACAGUAUUGAUGGUCAAAAAUAACAAAAUAUCUGUUCCAGCCAAUUACAGUGCUAAAUUUAUGGGAUUUAAAAUGGUAGAUGGAAAACAACAUAUUGUUAUAAAAUUACUACCUACAAGUAAGCAGAAUAUUAGUUUGUUGGGUCAGAAAGCUGAUCCUAUUAAAGACGGUUCUACAACUCCUUUGCUACAGACUGCUGAUCCUCGUGGCUUUACUUCAGGUGCUGUACCACAUGUGACUGACCAGUCAACCUUAAAGAACAAUUCUGUUCACCCCCUAACCUCCCCUCCCUUUUCUUAUUCUGCUUCUCAUUCAGGAAAAAUGAAAGUGGAAAAACAGAAUAACUCCUUAUUAUAUGGUAGGAAUGUUUCUUCAACUGUAGCACCUUCUAAUGUAGCUGUAGAAAAAAGUUUGAAUUAUUUGCCAAUGAAGUUGGGCUCAACUGUACCUCCACAUGAUGAGGUAACACAAGUUGGAACUCAAAGUAAUAUCUCGUGGGGAAGCUAUAGUCCUCCCAGUCAUCCUCAGGUAUUACCACUCACUAUUAAAAAUACACUUCACUAUGACCCCAUGAAAAUGCCCCUCUUUCCUGAACUGAAAAUACAAAACAGUGGCCUGAAUAAUAGUAAUGGAACUAAUAAUCUCUGUUACUCAUCUUCAGUGGAUUCUUCUAAUGAAGGUUUGCUGUCUUUUCACAACUAUUCCAAAACGGACACUUCAGAUAUUCCAUGUAGCAUUUGGAUGUCAACAGAUGACAAGUACAAAGCAUUUCUAUCUAACAAAACAGGUUCUUUUCAAAACAGUAGGGGAAGUGAAUCUGCAUCUUCAGAGUCAGUGAAAGGCUUAAAACCAGAGAAAGGUUUAUCAGCCCAAUCAAAUAUUAAUAAAACUUGUGGACAUGUAAACACUAAAAAUAUGUUUUCUAAAAGCCAGUUUAAAAAUAUUGUUGACAGUGAGUGUUUGGUGGAAGACCAGCAUCGUGGCCAGAAAUAUUUGGACGCUAACAUACAUCAAGGCUUUGAGAAUGUUACUGAGAAAUUCCAAGAAAAUGCCUCUUCUGAUUGUGUUAACUCAGUCUUGAUGCCCAAAAUCACAUCUGUUUUCUCAUUGCAGAGUGAACAGGCAGCUAAUUUUUUAUCUCCUGAAAUAAACCAGGUACUGCAGGAUGUGUUAAAAGUGAAAGCAACUACUCAGCAAGAAUCCCACAGCAAGUCAAAUAACUGUAUAAAACUUCAUUCUGACAAGCUGCUUUCUGGUUAUGAGACAAGGAAUAAAGCCUUUCCUCAUUUGAGAAGCUCAGCAACUCCAUGUGAUUUUCAGAGACCUACCUCUAAUGUAGGCUUUCAUUUAAGUAAGAGAGAAUUAAACACAAGAUGUAGCACAAAUGAAGGUACACAGUGUGGGAGAGGAAGACAGACACCCAGAACAUCAUUUGAUUCACUGGGCGUGGAUAAAUUAUCCAGAACUCCGGGUGUUGGUAGGUUGCUAAAAACUCAUACAGAUACAAUUGUAACACAGCAGAUACUAAAAGAGAAAAGUCUGUCUACAACCCAAAAUUCCGGCCACUUUCCACCAGUUCUUGACGAAGAAAAGAAACCCCUUUUAGUUCAGUCCUCUCCAUCGGGAGUUUUUGUUCCUUUGCACCUUGCUAACCAUCCUGGGCUACAGGUGGUUUCAGGAAAAUCUCUUCCAUCAGCCAGUUCAUCGGAUGGACACGCGACUAAUGGUGUAUCUUCGUCUUUUGUUCUAAAUAAAGGACCUGGGAUGGUUUUGACUUUUAACGGGACAAUUGGAACAGUUGCAAAUGUCCCUAGUGAUAGUUCUCAGGGUUUAGGGGGAGUUGCAUCCAGAGAAUAUAGUAAAGUAACCAUACCUUCAAAAGAGGAGGGGAAAAAUGAGACUUUCAGACGUGUAAGAAGUUCCUGUAAUAGGAUAACACGUAGUACAGCAAAUGACUCCCUGAAUAGCAUACCAUAUAAAGGACCUCUUGUUGUUACAAAGUUGUCAGAGUUAUCUGCGAAAGGAAUGUCUUCUGCGAAGGUGCUAUUGGAGCGUCAGGAUGCGGUCUUUGGUUCAUUGGAGUCAGUAAACCCACAGGAAGUUAAACAGCAACGUGUUUAUGCACUUUUGCCGGAUGGACGGCAGGCAGUUCUUCUGAAAUGUAUGACACCAAACAAGCCUGUAGUUCAUAAACAGAGUGUUUUUCUGGAUAAUGAUCAUUAUCAAAAUUGUCAACCAAAGAAAACUGGAGCCAUGCAACAAAAGCUUUUGCUGAAAAUUAAGACCUCUACUUCAGAUACCCCGGCUGAUACCACUCAGUCAGUGAGCUACUCAGUGCCCUCACUACAGUUGGGUAACUUGCAGUCCCUUACUCCUGCACUAGCACAGAAACAAACUAAUCUUACUUCUAAUGAUGCCUUAAUCUUACCAGGUAGGUUAAUACCAGCAAAUGCCUCUUUGGCAAGCUCUAAUCCAGCACAUUGUGUUCCUCCUGUAGAACCUGUUUAUUCUACUGCGUCUGCAGGGACACAGUUGCAAAAAGGUUCUAUUGCGAGUAUGCAAGUAGUAACUGCUAACAACAGGGAUAACGUUGGUAGUCAGAAGUCCACACGGAGCACCCGAAACAGAACCACAAAAGUAAAACCUCGUUUAAAACAAACUGGGUCUAAAAGUUCAGAAGGUGUGGGUGUGCAAAAACCUAAGAAUCUCAAACGGAAGAAUAAGGAUAAUUGCUCAGAACCUCCAAGAAAGAAAGCAAAGUUGCACAGAAAAUGUAAGGAAAAGAAUCAAGCCGAAUUUAUUAGUGAAUCAGGUGGCCCUUACAAACCAAGGGCAUCAAAAGAAACUGUGAGGACUUUGAAAUUACUUCCUUUUAAUUCUAAACAGCUUGUAAAAUGCCCUCGGAGAAAUCAACCGGUUGUUGUGCUUAACCAUCCUGAUGCAGAUGUUCCAGAAGUUAUAAAUGUAAUGAAAACCAUUGCUAAAUUUAAGGGACAUGUUCUGAAGGUUUCAUUGUCAAAAAGAACUAUGGAAGCGCUUCUGCAGCCGGCCUUCUGCAAUCCUUUGGGCUUAACUACUGAUGAUCUUUCUCAAAGGAGGCACAGGACAGUAAAACCUAUUAGCUCUGUAAAAGAAAGAUUUGUUUUAAAAUUAACACUGAAAAAGACUAGCAAAAACAAUUAUCAGAUUGUGAAGACUACCUCUGAUAAUACCUUGAAAGCUAAGUUUAGCUGCUGGUUUUGUGGUAGAAUAUUUGACAAUCAGGAUAAUUGGGUAGGACAUGGACAGAGGCAUCUGAUGGAAGCUACUCGGGAUUGGAAUUCAUUAAUGCAGUGAUGAAAUGAAAACUUAGGGUUUUUUAAGAAAAUCAAUUGAAUUAGGAUACACAAGUAAUUUUGGUUUGUAUUUCAGUAUUGUAACUGAAGAUUAAAAAUGAUGCAAAGUGCUUGUAUCUUAAAAGGAAGAGCAGAUUAUCUAUUGUCAUCAAGCUUUGAGGGAGCUUUGUGGUUUAGAUAACUUGUAACUAACUGCAAAUACAAUUCCAUAAAAAUCUAUAUUAUUUUUUGUUACUACUAUCAUGUCCUAUAUUUUUAUUCUAUAGAAGGAGUCUUCAGGGCUUUUGUUCUGUACAUAUUUAAAAAACCAAAACUAAACAUGUAAAUAUUUUUGUACUUUCCAGUUAUUUGGUAUAAUUCUUGCACAGAAACCUCUGCCCCCAUUUUUCAGUUCUGUGCAUGCACUACUAAAACAAAUUUUAAAAUUUUUUUCAACUACACAAAGCUGUUAUCCUGGGAUUUUUGUGAUUUUCACUUGUUAGGUCUUGAUUUUGUUUUUUCAGGGAUUGAACACUAUUGUUAGCAAGUGCCUAAAAGAUGUGAAGCAGUUUACAUUAAUGUCAACUGUGUAACCAUAGGUCCAUACAGGGCCAUUUCCCCAAUAGUUUCAUCUAAAGGAAGCCAUAUGUGAAUGCUUUAAGCUAUAUUGCUAUGCACAUGACACUUGUACUAUUUCUGUGCAGUUUGUCUACUUUCUUAGUGAAGUAUUUUUCAUAUGAAUGAAUAAAACAUGUUACAAUUGUGUUAAUACAGUGAGCCUGAGAAUGGAAUCAAUUGAAAAUGCACAGUAUAUAUAUUCGUAAUGUAUAUGGUGUUUAAGGGUGGUAAACAUUCCUAAUCUGUAUU